UGCUAGGCAACCGUUUGUUAUGUUAUGGCUGAACGUCAUUUUUAAUGUCGCUUUGAUGCAAGAAAAUGCCAUUGUUUAGCAAUAAAUUCUCCCCAAAAAGUAUUCCGGUAAGGAAACAGGAUACUACCGUAUUGAAAAGUGAACUUGGUAGUGACUAUGCAUCGAAAGAAUUAUCGCUCGAUGUGGGCCCAUUGAAAUUAAAGUUGGGAGAUUUCGAAAUAUCUUUUGAAGAAGGUCAAUGGAUUCCAGCUUCUGGCAAAGCCGGUGCUGCUCAUAAGGAAAAUAUUCGACUCAAAAACGAGUUGGAAAGACUUGAAGAAGAGAAUAAUAUGUUAAGAUUAAAGUUUGAAAUACUAUUGGACAUGAUGACUGACAAAACUGUUGAGGCUGAACAACAAGCCGAAAUGCAGAGAGCACAGAGUUUAGGUAAUUUGAAACAGAAGAGUAAUAAGAAGAAAUGGUCUUAA